UGUGUUUUACACAAACACACUGUAUACGGUAAAAGUUGAUUGGCUUGCCAAGUUGUCAGAUUUUAACCUCAUUUUUUAUAUAAAAUCUUCCACAUUGGAUGAAAACUUAUUCCAAAUGUUGUGUUUUUGUUUAAAAAUGGAAGUACGUACAACUUUAUUUGAUUUCAGCCAGUUUCUUUUUGGUUUUUUGGUGUAAAAGUUUGAGUUUGAGGUUAUGUUACCCUUCAUGUGUCAAAAGGUGGACACCAUCGUACAAAACCAACGGUUAUCAUCAGUAUUACAUCAUUAGUUUGACGGACUAGUAUUCCAACGUGGAAAAAACACGAAAUAAAAUAAUAAUGGCUGCUCGCAAAAAAGAAACCAACGUUUGGAAGAAAAAUGUUAAUCAUAACAGAAGUGGUAAUUCGGUAAAUUCCCCGACACCUGCAGAAUUGAAAUUUAAAGAAGCCCAUGGAAAACUUCAAGCAGCAGUGCAGAAAUAUGUUCAAGACUAUGAAUCGUCUUCCUCGGAAGAUGAAUUAGAAUCUGAUAACAUAAUAGGCGAAAUUAUCAAAAAUUAUACUAAAACAGGAGGGAAAGAUGAGUGUUUAGGGAGAACUAAAAUCUUCCUUCACGAUUCAUUUCUAUCAGGGACUGCCACAUGUCUAAUUUGCAUUUCUAGGAUAAAAAGGGAUUCUUCAAUUUGGAACUGCAACGCUUGCUACUGUGUCUUCCACCUAACUUGUAUACAAAGAUGGUCCAAAGACAGUAUUUUUCAACAAAAACAAAUCCAGGAAGCCCCAAUUCAAGUCCAGAAAGUGACUUUAACGUGGGGUUGCCCCAAAUGUCGCCACAAUUACCAACUAGACGAUAUACCAGACAAAUAUUACUGUUUCUGUGGCAAAACCACAAACCCUGGACUCCAACCAUUUCUAGUACCACAUUCGUGUGGAGAGAUUUGUGGUAAAGAUUUAGUGCCACUUUGUGGCCACAAAUGUUUGUUAUUGUGUCAUCCAGGCCCUUGUCCACCCUGCCCUGUAACAAUUAGUGUUACAUGUUACUGUGGUAAAAAACAACCGGUUACUAGACGCUGCAGUGAUAAGAAAUGGUCUUGUGGGGGCCCUUGUGGAGAGUUAUUGACCUGUCAGAAACACAGUUGUUCUGAUGUUUGUCACCCUGGGGACUGUAAACCAUGUCCGAAGAAAAGUCUCCAGAAAUGUUUGUGUAAAACUAGUCAGAAGUUGCGUGAUUGUGCUACCCCCAUAUGGCAGUGUGAUAAGGUGUGUAAUAAACCACUCCAGUGUGGUAAUCAUUCUUGCGCAGUUAUUUGCCAUGAUGGCAUUUGUGAUUCGUGUCCUUUGACGAAGCAAAGGACAUGUCCUUGUGGCAAAAGCAAAUAUCAAUUGCCUUGUAUUGAAGAAACACCCACUUGUCAAGACACUUGCGAUAAAUUAUUAACUUGCGGUCUUCAUAGGUGCAAUCAGCGGUGUCACAAAGACGCUUGCGGUGCGUGCCUUGAAAUAGUCGAAAAGUCAUGCAAAUGUGGCCUACAUUUAAAAGAAGUGCAUUGCUCUAAACCCUACUUCUGCGAAACAAAAUGCAAACGAAUGAGGGAUUGCAAUAAACACCCUUGCAACAAAAAGUGUUGUGAUGGCAGUUGUCCACCAUGUGAAAAACCCUGUGGUCGCACCCUCAAUUGUGGCAAUCACAAGUGCAAUUCAGUGUGUCACAGAGGUCUGUGUUACCCUUGCAACCAAACCGAUGUUGUGACUUGUCGUUGUGGUCAAACCAAAUUAACUGUGCCGUGUGGACGAAAACAUAAAACUAAACCACCAAAAUGUAGCAAAUUGUGUUUAAUCCCUCCAGACUGUCACCACGAAUCGAGGGAACCACACAAGUGCCACUUUGGGGAUUGUCCACCGUGUAAACAAACCUGCAAUAAAUCUCGUCUCAAGUGCGCUCACCUUUGCAGUGCCCCUUGUCAUUCUGCCGUUUUUGUGAAAAUCGAAACUAAGAAGGCGUCGAUGCCUUGGGAACAAAUGAAACCACAAUUGGAACGCAAGGCUUUGGAUUGUCCCAAUUGUGAAGUCCCGGUGUCAGUCACGUGUUUAGGUGAGCACGAGACCUGCGACUGGCCUUGCUACCAAGCAGCCCCCUCGAGCUGUCUCCGACCAUGUGGACGUCUCCUAAACUGCGAAAACCACACUUGUGCCCUUCCAUGUCACUUGGUGGAAGCCCCCCCUGACAAAAUCAAGGCCGGCCAAAAUUGUGAAAAAUGCGAAGCCCCGUGCUCCAAACCCCGACCUGAGGGUUGCCCCCACGAAUGCCCUAAACCAUGCCACCCCGGCCCUUGCCCCCCUUGCAAACAAAUGCUUCGUAUAAGGUGCCAUUGUGGCCUUAAUCAGCCUUACGUGUCAUGCAACGAUUGGUUGAAUCCAAAGAGAGAAGAAAUCCAAAGUUGUGGUAAUCAGUGUCCAAGGAGUUUCGAUUGUGGUCACAGAUGUCGCGCAAAUUGCCAUUCGGGCCCCUGCCCAAAUCCGGAACUUUGUCGCAGGAAAGUCAAACUGACUUGUAAAUGUAAAAGGUUGAAGAAGGAGUUUUCCUGCGAGAUGGUUCGUAAUAAUUCGGCGAAAGUUGAGUGUGAUGAGGGUUGUCUCCGGAAGAAAGAGGAGGAAAUUAAGCAGCAGGAAAUGAUCAAUGAGCAAAAACGGAAAGAGGAGGAGUUGAAGAAUGAGAGGGAGUUGGCCAAGUAUAAGAAGAUGUUUGAGAGUAAGAAGAGGACGAGGGAGCGAAGGUUGUACGAAGAAGAGGAAGAAGUUGGGUUUAUUAAGAGACAUUUGGUUUUGAUAACCACAAUCACGGGAGUUGUGGUAUCUACAGUAGUGUUUUUUCUACUUAGAUGAUUUAGGAUUUAAGGUUUUAUUUAAUUUGAGUUAAUUUGAAAAAAAAAAUUUUUUUAUUUGUCACACUUAGUUCUUUGAGAAAUAAAGGAUUUGCACAA